AUGGAGACAGCUUUGGGCUGUGAGUCAGCUCCGUCGAGUGGAGAGCCAGAGCUGAAACGGGGCCUUGCUGAUGGAAAAAUAACGAUGCUGAGGGAGGGAGUGGCGCGCAUCAUGAGACUACAGUCAGGUCAAACACUAGACAAUCCUCAAAAAGUGGAGGCAUCUAUGCAGGAGCGGAUAUCGCUGUUCUUUGAGAUCCAGAAACUAUUCCAGCUUCGACCCACGAGACCGCUCCAACUGCUUCUCCAGGACCUGUGUAGAUUGACCAUAAGCUAUGCCCAGAAACACCCGGAGCUGUUAAACGAUAGACGAGUUGUGGUGCUCGCCCUAGCUUACCAAUGCCUAUUCUCCAACCAGGAUGGCAUCAUUGCAUACUAUGAUGCGCACAACAUCGGCCGCAAAGCUCCUGAACUGUAUUGUCAGGCAGGGGUCUACUAUGAGUUCCAGGUCCGUGACAAAAGCCGAGCGAUGCACUACUAUAUUCUUGGCUAUAACAACUGCACUAGUGCUCGAGCAAAGAAGGCGUUCCAGGCGUCUAUCCGGCGCCUCAAGGCGAUCACCAGCACCAGCAACGGCUCUAGAUUCUUUGUAUGGACAGCCGAGACAUCUCCCCAGAACCUCUCCAUAACGAAUAUCCCAGCAGAGCUAUAUGUAGACCACGAGUCGUACAGCUCUCCGUCAGAGCCAAGUGGGCAAGGAUCAAGUCAUCCAAAGAUCCAUUGUAAGACCCUGCCCAUAUUUAUCCUAACAUAUAGUGAAACGGCAAAUAGUUUUAUCUCUCCCGAGGAGCAGCAUCUCCUGGAUCUACACAUGUGCUUUAUAGGCCGCCUAAUUGCACGAAAACAGCUGGAGAAUCUGAAUCCCUACUCCCAACUGGCGAAUGACCCCCACAUAAUAUCCCGCAUGGUCUAUACUCUUUCGCCGCGGUGCCAGAUUCUCCUGUAUACAUCUCGUCAAGGCCCAACCCAAAAUGACCUAGUCAUCAGCAACAUAAUAGAGCCGUAUCACAUUCCGCGAGCGUUCUACUUUGCCCUUGUUGACAUGGCUCCAUCUCUUCAAAGAAACCGAAUUGUGCUGACAUUUGUGGAAGAGGUGGAUGUGUUCCCUACUAAUCCUGAGAGUGGAACUACCCUUAUGAUCUGCCCUUAUCGGGUAUCUAGAAUUAUGGAUGCUACAUGCCCAGUCGUGUACCCCAAGCUAGAUCCUUGCUGGGACGAGAAUGGACAUGAAGAAGACACAGACCAGAACACUAAAGGAGAUAGUACUACAGGAGGUAGCACUGAAACCACAUUUGAAGAUCUUCAAAGGAAUCUGACGCGAGAAGAGGAAAGCUCAUGUAGCAGACCAGACUGCAAGAUACUUCUGACACUAACAGAGCUUCUAGGCGCCGGUGCAUUUGGAAAGGUCUUUGCAGCUGAUGCAUUGCACUCUGCACGGCCUGGCCAUUUGGUAAAAGUAGCUGUGAAGUUCUUUACCAGGAAAAAAGACUCUAUCUCUGUUGAAAUAGGCGAGCACGCGGUUUGUGCAAUAAGCACGUCCUUCCUACGUGAAAUAUACAGCUUAUCUGCGCUCACCCUACGGCUGGCAGACUCUCUGAGUGACUGCCUCUAUACGCGAUUUAUCGCGUCAAUAGUCAAUAACCAAGGCCUGGGGGCCUUUGUUAUGGAGUACAUCCCUGGCGUAACUCUGUUCGAGCUAUGCAAACAGUGCUAUGACAGGGUUGAGCGAGGCUUGACUUGUCUUCCUGAAAAUGUUAUUUUAUGGAUUUCAUACUUGAUGAUCAAGACAGUAAAGACGUUCCACGAAGCGAAUAUUGUGCAUACAGACAUUAAAGUAGAUAACUGGCUAAUCACAAUCUCUACAGAUCCCACACUCUUGAGCUUUCUAAAGGGCAAGGAAGAAAAGGGAAAGACAAAUGUGGAUCAGCGUGUUGCAGCGUGUCCUACCGUCAAGCACGAAACACAGAGCUGCUCCUCUAAGACAGAAAAGCACGUCACUCCAAAGUUAGAAGCUGACUUUGGCUUUGCUGACGAAAGUGGAUUCCUGGUACCCGUGGCAUGCGACUUUGGCAAAGCUAUUGAUGCAUCCCUCUUCACACUUAACGACGUUCCAGUUCAGUUUCACUAUACAAGCAUGUCUGUUGUGACGCCGUGUCCAAUAGUAGAAAAGCACUGGCUAUAUGAGCCGGACUACUCGGGAAUAGCGUCGUGCAUAUGGUACAUGAUAAUUGGAACCUCUGUGAAGGCUUCCGAUCUCAGUGUACAUCGAGUGGACGGUGAAAGGACCGUGGAGGUAUCCUUGCCCAGCAAACGGUACUGGAGGCAUGUCGAUCUGUUUACAAGUCUCUUGUCCCAGCUGUUUAGCUUUUCGACAGAUACGUGCGGGUCAUACUCUAUGCAGAGACAGCGCCUGUCAGACUUUACUGACCGGCUACUAGGCUUAAUAGAAGACUCCAUAAGCUUUCCAGAGGUUGUGCAAUUCACAGGGACACAAGCCAAAUGCACAGGUUUAGGCCUUGCGCAAUGGAAGAGAGGAUAUUCAUAG